CAAAGGACCCGGGAUACAAUGUCGGGCUUGGAGAUCACCUUCCGCGAGCCCUCCUCAGAUGCGACGGACACAGAGGCCCUAUGGCAAAUCCUGCAGCCCACCUUUGCUGCAGGCGAGACGUACUGCAUACCGAGAGACGUGUCACGCGCAGAGGCGCUGGCGUACUGGAGCGACAGCCCGCAUCGGACAGUCCUGGCUGUCUCCGGCGAAGAGAUUGUGGGCUCAUACUUCCUCACGCCCAACCAGCGUGCUGGUGGCUCGCACGUUUGCAACUGUGGGUUUGUCACAAAGGCGGAUACCGCCGGUCGCGGCGUCGCCACCAAAAUGCUGCUGCACGCGCUUGCGGAGGCACGGCGGUUGGGCUUCCGUGCGAUGCAGUUCAACUUCGUUGUGUCGACCAAUGUGCGAGCGGUGCGUCUGUGGGAGCGCCACGGCUUCGCGGUCGUCGGUCGCCUCCCGGGGGCCUUCUGUCACCCAAGCGUGGGAUAUGUGGAUGCGUUCGUGAUGUACAGGUCGCUCCUCGACAACGAGCGCGAAACUGCACCAGCACAGGACGCAUCGAGCGAGGCGGCUCGGCGACUUCGCGAAUUUGAUCUAAAGUGAGGGUGGGGUAGGGGAGAAGUACUCUUGAGGGCAACACAUUGGACCAGCGCACGCGCCAACCGCACCAUCCUUGUGUGCGUCCCGGGGCCGCACGUUCUGUGCCGUGCUGUCAGAGUGUGAGAGACGAGCGAGAGAGUUUUGUGUUAAGAGUUAUAGAGAGAGAUUUUCAGCACUUGAGACACAUUGAUCAUUGUUUUCGCGGUUCUGUUAAAAUUCUUUCACUUUUC